CCGCUCCCGCCGCUUCCUCCCGGAAGUUGCGCUCGCUGCCCAGGUAACGGGCCCCGACGGCGUCGGCAGCCGCUGCGUCGCUAUGGACCGAGAGGAGGCGAAAGAGUUCAGAGAGCGCUGUGCUCAGUGCGAUGCGGUGUCUUGGGGUCUGACUGAUGAAGGCAAAUACUAUUGUACUUCCUGCCACAACGUUACAGAAAGAUCUAAGGACGUUUUAAACAGUGAGGCGAUUCCUAAUACUAAAAUACAAGCUAUCAACCGCGGGCUUAAAAAGAGAAAUAAACUUGAGAAAGGCUGGGACUGGUACGUGUGCGAAGGCUUUCAGCACGUCCUGUAUCAGCAAGCAGAGGCCUUGAAGGCCCUGGGGGUCGGCCCAGAGUUAAAGACUCAAGUUCUGCAUAAUUUCUGGAAGCGCUACCUGCAGAAGAGCAAGCAGGCGUAUUGCGAAAACCCAGUUCAUGCCAGAAAGAGGAAAGCCGUGGUCCUGGGCAGUCCGAGUCACUCGGACUGGGAGAGCGAGCCUGCGCUGCUGAGUGACGCCAGCGGCCCUUUUGUUGAAAGUGACGGCCCCCGGAAGCCUUCCCCCCCAAGCAGAGCAUCCCACUCAGAAAUGGCCUCCGUCUGCUCCGGGUCUCUGGAUGGAGUCGAGUACUCUCUGCGCAAGGAGAAGGGGCUUGUGAAGAUGACCAUGCCCGCGACCCUCGCUCUCUGCGGCCUGUCAUUGCUGUGGCAGCGGGAGGCACUCGCUCUCUCCGACCUCCUGCGCUUUGUUGAAGAGGGCCAUAUUCCUUAUGUAAAUGCUUUUGAGCGUUUUCCAGAAGAGAUGAAAUUGUAUGGGCGUGACAAAGGAAUCUUUGCUAUAGAGUCGUGGCCCGGCUACGAGGACGUCUACAGGCAGAUGAUUGGCGUCGCCACCUUCCUGGACCUGCCUCGCUUCCCGGCCAUCACGGAGGACUGCUACCUCCACCCGAACAUCCUGUGUCGGAAGUACUUGAUGGAAGUCAACCUUCCCGACGAGAUGUACGAUUUCACCUGCCAGGUGGUGAAGAUGGCUGGCGUCGGAGAGGCGGACUUCCUGACAUUCGACCCCAUAGCCAGGAAGGGAAGGACCGUGAAGUACGAUGUGCAGGCGGUGGCCGUCAUUGUGACAGUGUUGAAGCUGCUCUUCUUGUUGGAUGACAACGUAGAGUGGUCUUUGUCUGCUAUUGCUGAGACAUACAACGAAGAGAACAAAGAAGAUAAGCCAUGUUUUGAUUUCAGAAAAUGGUACCAAGUUAUGAAGAAGUCUUUUGAUGAGAAAAAACAAAAAUGGGAGGAAGCCAGGGCAAAGUUCGUGUGGAAAAGCAAGAAGCCACUCUACCACUCGCCCAUCGACAGAUCAGUGGUGUAUAAGCGAAGGGAGAUGGUGGUGAAUCUACAAAAACAGUUUAGCACACUGGUUGACUCAACACCAACUGCUCCAAAAAACAGCCCUUCAAGUUUUCAGUUCAACUGGACUGAAGCAGUCACCGGAGGAACCUGUUUCCAUGGGCACAGCCUCCAGGGCAUCCUGUACAAGAAAGGCCAGUCAGUGACGACCAUGAACUCACUCUACUGGCUCAGUACACAGAAAUUCUGUAAAAGCUACUGUAAACAUGUGACAACCUAUGAAGAAUCCAAUUUCUCACUGACUUACCAGUUUAUAAUCAAUCUCUUCUCCUUCCUGCUAAGAAUAAAGACCUACUCCCUCCAUGAAGAAGUGAGCUUAAUUGAAAAGAGACUUUUUAAAAAAAAAUACAGUACAGCAAAAACAAAAUCUUCAAGAUCCAGGAAAGUGAGAAAAUGAGAAAAAUAAAAUAGAAACUUCCUAGGGAAAAUAUUUUAAUAGUGACAAUAAUGUCAAAUAGUAAUGUAACAUUCCAGAGAAGUGUGGAAAAUAUAAUUUUUUUGGCCUAUAUAUCCAUACAUAGAUAUGCAUACCUAUAGUACAUCUAUGUGUCGAUUGUGCUUAUGAAGUGUAUAUAAAUGAGCUUUGAGUUUAUUUUUUUAAUUAAAAGUAUUUUUGAGAAAAUUAAAAAGCAAUGUUACAUAAA